AUGGAGUCUGUCGACGAUAUGCUCCACAUGGGGCGGGUAGUCGAAAUCGUCGAGUUUGCGCCCUAUCAUACCCACCCCCAGACGCCCUCUAUCCCCGCGGCGGCCACGUCUUGUCCGGGAUGCGAUGGUACGACUAACGCACCCAUUGUACUACGGCUACGCCCGACGACGGCCGAAGCCAAAUCGAAAAGCCUGGUAAGUGAUCGUCCGACUCAGGGCAGAGAGAUUGAAGACCCGGAUACGGAGAUGACGGAUGCACCGGCGCUCGAGGAGGGCCAGACUGGUGCCGGUGCUGAAGCCCGGCCCGAGGAAGAGGAAGUCGGAUACGGCAGCGAGAUGAGUGGCGUAGAAUACAGCAGCCGUUCGACGAGCAUCGCCCAGAACUUUGAGGAUUUUAUCCAUAUCUCUACACUCAUGGACAUGGAAUGA